AUGCAGGUCACAGACCUGGAGUCACUGGUGGAGACGGCUAAUAAGAUCAAUUAUCUUGCACAGUCCCAACAGCGCUAUACAAAUGAGCUUAAGAAUAUGACUGCACAGGUUAACAUGCUCCUUCAACGCAUAGAUGAGGUUGACGAUCGCACUGCCACCGUUACAGCAACUCUUGCGUCGUACUAA